AUGCAGCCUGCCCUGGCCCUCACAGUACCCUUACUGCUGCUGCUCCUGGUGCUCCCAGGACAGCCUCAGAGCCUUGAGGAAGAGUUUACUCCCAGCUCUGUGAACUGCGGCCAGAGCCAGCCAGAAUAUAAGCUGGUGAAAAGUGUGCCAGGUUCUGAGGAUGAAGAUGGCCUGUGCCACUGUAUAGUUCACCUGUCCAACAAUCUCAUUCCACUGAAGCAGCUGGAGCAGCUACAGAGUAUAGCCCAGGAACUCAUGGACAAGUACAAUCAGGGGCUAUCCAGGGAGACCCCAAACUACAGCCUGCUACGCCUCGAACUGGAGGGAGCACGGAAGUUGGUGGACCAACUUAUGGCCAAAGGAGAAGUCUGUGAGGCUGAGAACCUCCUCUCUCAACUCCAGAGCCAAGUGGCUAAUGCCAGCCUCACACUCAAGCUUCUGGCUGACUCUGACCAACGUAGCCUCUGUGCUUUCCGCCAGAAGGUGGAUGUCCUUGAGGGCCGGCUAAGUGAGUGUGAGAGGACGAAGAGGCAAGAGGACUCUGGUCCACCCCUGCCACCUGGUUCUUGUGCCCACAGAGGCCUGCAGAAAGUCAGCAGACCCUUUGUGGUGCAACUCAACUGGAGAGGCUCCUCCCACAAGGCAGGUGUCUGGGGUCGAGACUCAGGACCCAAUCCAGACUCUUCCCUCUACUGGGUGGCCCCUCUGAGUUCAGAUGAUAGGUACUUUGACUCCUACCGGCUGUACAAGUCCUAUGAUGACCUGGUACUGAUGAAGAACUAUAAGGAGUGGACAAUGGGCUAUGGUGAUGGCAGUGGUAAUACUGUGUAUGAAAACUUCAUGUACUUUAAUUACUAUGGCACACAUGACAUUGCCAAGGUGAAUCUUUCCUCCAACACCCUGGUGCUACAACGCCCAUUGCCCAGCGCCACCCACAACAACCGCUUCUCCUAUGCUGGUGUGUCCUGGAAAGACAUAGAUUUUGCUGGUGAUGAGAAGGGGCUGUGGGUCCUUUACGCCACUGAGGAAAGCAAAGGCAACCUGGUUGUGAGUCGUCUCAAUACCAGCAACUUAGAAGUGGAGAAAACCUGGCACACCAGCCAGUUUAAGCCAGCUUUGUCAGGAGCCUUCAUGGCCUGUGGAGUGCUCUAUGCCAUACGCCCACUGAGCACCCGCCAAGAGGAGAUCUUCUAUGCUUUCGAUACCACCACAGGGCGGGAGCACCAUCUCAGCAUCCUGCUGGAUAAGAUGCUGGAAACUCUGCAUGGCAUCAAUUACUCUCCCUUGGAUCAUAAGCUUUAUGUCUAUAAUGAUGGUUACCUGGUCUAUUAUGACCUCAGCUUCCGGACACUGAAGCACAGGCCAGCUAGAAAGGUCUCUUGGCUUUCUACUGAACCAAAUCCUGUCAUUCCCAACAAAACUUCCAGGCCCUGA